CGUCCAUUGACCCUGCCGACCUCGCCAUCAACCGUCAAGAUGAGUGCUUCGUAUGCGGUGCGAAGCCAAUCUAGGCUCCUAGGGAGCGCUCUGCGCACACAGACUUCGCGACUAGGCCGACAAUGGGUCUGCCGGCGAUGUGCAUCUACCGUCGCCCUGCAGAGCUACUCCGCAAGCCUGAAAUCGCAGUCAAUACAAUGGCCAUUGGACCGCAGGUGGCAGCAAAGACGGGGUGCUGCUGGAGCGGCCGCUGCAAUGCUCGAGGAAGCUUCAGACCCCGACUCGCUGUCUCAAGAGACAAUCAUCGAAAAUCUCUCCGGAGAAGAGGCUCACAGGCUCUCGAGAGUACGGAAUAUUGGUAUAGCUGCUCAUAUCGACUCCGGCAAAACCACCGCCACAGAGCGAGUGCUCUUCUACACCGGUCGUAUCAACGCUAUCCACGAAGUACGAGGCAAAGACUCUGUUGGUGCAAAGAUGGACUCUAUGGAACUUGAAAGAGAAAAGGGCAUCACCAUUCAAUCUGCGGCAACCUACUGCGAUUGGGUUAAAAGGGAGGAUGGCAAGGAGGAGAAAUACCACAUCAACUUGAUCGAUACCCCCGGCCACAUUGACUUCACGAUUGAAGUUGAACGAGCACUCCGAGUUCUCGACGGUGCUGUCAUGAUCCUGUGUGCCGUGUCAGGUGUCCAGAGUCAGACCAUGACUGUUCACCGACAGAUGCAAAGGUACAACGUUCCUCGAAUCAGCUUUAUCAACAAAAUGGAUCGAAUGGGGGCGAAUCCAUUCAAGGCCGUCGAUCAGAUUAACAAGAAGCUCAAGAUUGCCGCUGCCGCCGUUCAGGUGCCUAUAGGUGCCGAAGACGAGUUCAAAGGGGUGGUCGACUUGGUUAGGAUGAAAACUUACUACGCCGAGGGUUCACGGGGGGAGAUCAUCGUCACUAAGGACGAGAUCCCUGCCGAGGUUCAAGAGCUUGUGAAGGAACGACGGGCUAUGCUGAUCGAAUCGCUGGCCGAUGUCGAUGAGGAGAUGGCCAAUAUGUUCCUGGACGAGCAGGAGCCGACAGUGGAACAACUCAAGGCAGCUAUUCGGCGAGCAACAAUCUCUCUCAAAUUCACGCCCGUUUUCAUGGGCUCUGCAUUGGCGGACAAAUUCGUCCAACCCAUGCUCGACGGAGUUUGCGACUAUCUACCCAACCCAUCUGAAGUUGCCAACAUGGCUUUAGAUCGUCGGCAAAAAGAAGCUCCUGUCAAAUUGAUCCCUUACAAUUCACUGCCCUUCGUCGGCCUAGCGUUCAAGCUGGAAGAAUCCAACUUUGGGCAACUUACGUACAUCCGUGUCUAUCAGGGCAAGUUGACGAAAGGAAUGUUCGUCUUCAAUGCCCGGACUGACAAGCGGGUCAAAAUUCCUCGAAUUGUCCGAAUGCACUCCAACGAAAUGGAAGAAGUGAACGAAAUUGGUGCGGGAGAAAUCUGCGCCGUGUUUGGAGUCGACUGUGCAUCAGGCGAUACUUUUACCGACGGCCAGCUUGGUUACAGCAUGAGCAGCAUGUACGUGCCCGAACCGGUCAUCUCCCUCAGCAUCAAACCGAAGAACAACAAGGACCUACCACAUUUCUCCAAAGCCAUAGCCCGAUUCCAGCGCGAAGAUCCCACGUUCAGAGUCCAUUUCGAUACAGAGAGUGAACAGACCAUCAUUUCCGGCAUGGGUGAGCUCCAUCUUGAAGUCUACGUUGAGCGCAUGCGACGAGAGUACAAGGUUGACUGCGAGACUGGAGCACCACAAGUCGCCUACCGUGAAACCAUCUCUAAGAGAGUCGACUUUGAUCAUCUGCUCAAGAAACAAACCGGUGGUGCUGGUGAUUACGCGCGUGUCAUGGGUUGGAUGGAGCCCAAGGGAAAUCUUGAGGGCAACCACUUCGAGGAACAAGUCGUUGGUGGUUCCAUCUCGGAGAAGUUCUUGUUUGCUUGUGAAAAAGGUUUCCUGCAGGCUUGCGAGAGAGGUCCAUUAAUCGGUCACAAAGUCUUGGGAACUACGAUGGUUGUCAACGAUGGUGCGACUCACAUGACCGAUUCGAGUGAAAUGGCAUUCAAGAUCGCCACACAGCAGGCUUUCCGCAAGGCAUUCGCACAGGCCGAACCUGUGGUUCUAGAGCCGCUGAUGAAGACGGUCGUGACAGCUCCGACAGAGUUCCAGGGCAAUGUUGUGGGUCUGUUGCAGAAACGAAACGCGGUCAUCAAUGAUACCGAAGUCGGCGUUGACGACUUUACAGUAUGGGCAGACGCCAGUCUGAACGGGAUGUUCGGCUUCAGUGGGAACUUGCGAGCGGCAACGCAGGGCAAGGGAGAGUUCACCAUGGAAUUCAGCCACUAUGAACGGGCGCCAGCGCAGGUGCAGAAGGAAUUGGUUGCGAAGUACCAAAAGGCUCAAGCUGAAAGGAACAAGAAAUAGAGCGCCUCAAACAUCGUGGUUGUUUUAGGGGGUCGGUGAGAUGACUGCAAUGGCAGCGUCGAAGCCGAGGCAUAUGGAGAAACAGCCGUCACACUGCAGCCACACUGAAGGGUCCAUUCAACUCCCCAUCACUCCCUAAUGAGCUCGUCCAGUACGAGAAUCCUGUUUCAGUACCUCCGGCUUUAAGGUCUCGUCUGGACAGCUUUUAGGAGCAGCCAUGUUCCGGUCCCAAGCACAACUGGCGCCAUUACCGAGGGAUUUUUCUCAACCAGGGCUAUCCCAUGUGCUUGGAAUCUCCCGAAUGGUUACUCCAUCUUGACGCAGAUACGAGUACUGUCUGAGGAGGUCUGGCUUGACACUCUGCCCGAGGGUCAUCUUGUACCAUACGCGUCGGUCGCCGCCGAGGCAAGGAAGCAAAGAGUCCUCGGUUUACGGCGUGGCGUGAUGUUCAGAAGGCAUGGUAGAUUGCACUUUUAUGCAUAAUGUUUGUCUUACUAGAUCUCCGCUCGAAGCGAAAAAGCAGGGCUUUGCGAUGGCGUUUGGCGGGAUGUAUAUGUUCAAGUCCAUGUAAUAUACAAUUACAAUUACCUUUGAGGACAGAGGUAGAGACAUAGGCAGAGGCGAUGCAAGCGUAGUAUGUGCGAUUUGGGUACAAUAGAUCGUGGGGAUUCCA